AUGACCUUCGAUAGCCAUGACAACGAUAAAGUGCAGACACCGUAUGCCAGCGCCCAGCGGCACAGCGUGGACCAGAGCGGAAGAACUGCGGACGAGAACCAUCCGAUCAUACAAUGGUCAAGAAAAUUUGAAGAAGAUGCUGCCUUUUCCUUGACCGGCGUGAACUUCAUCUUGGACGGUUUGUCCUCGUCAUCGGCGGUAGCCUUUUCGUCCGGCUUACUGCCCUCGGUGGGUUUGGCCACGUUGGAGAAGCUGAAGCCCGUUCCGAUCGUGGAACGUGUCGAGCCAAACACCGAAGCUGAAUGGUUUGGCUGCCGCCGGAGUCGGUGCCGCGGCCGUGUUUGCCCCCGAGGAAAUCCUCUUCCAGAAGCACGCCAAAUUCACGAGAGCGUCCUUCGCCGUGAGUCGGCUUUCUUUUGCAGAACCAAGCCAAUCCAGCCAGGAGGGAAGUCUCAACGACGUCACCCCGGAAUUCGGACUCGCCGACUCGACGUAAGCGCGCUUUGUGCAGCAGCUGUGUCGGGACUUUCCGCGGGAGCGUGUACCGGUGUACCGGUUUCGGUCGAAGCGGUCAAAGCCAACUCCCAGUCACUGGUGCGGUCGUCCGUAAUAGACACUGCCUGGGGCAGUCUGGUGGUGGAGAUCGGCUACACGUUUACGGGCUCGCUCGAGGACUGCAGGAACCACAUGCUGAAGGUUGGCGGCCGGAAGAUAUCAGCGCAGGAUGUUUCUAAGAUUAUUUCGUCGCUGUCGGAGAGUCCUCCGGGUAGAGCAGUGGCGCUAGCACCACCGGUACACAAAGGUCAAGGUUCACGGUCCCGGAAUCCAACGAUGAAGAAGUUCCGAUCGAUACAGGGGAAACGGAGUGUACUGAAUCGCAAUCUAUUAAAAGCAAUAUGUUUACUUAGCGAGUUCGGCAAUCAGAGCAGGAGCAUCCCGGUUCCGAGACUCGAGGAUUCGGCACGAUUCCGGCGGUUACAGGUGUCAUGCGUAGGAGGCAGCGGCGCCAAGUUCUGA